AUCAAAUAUAAAUAACACACAAGUGUUCCAAAAGUUGUGAAGAAUCAAUCAUGGGAUCAGAAAGAGAGUCUCAUCUUUCUCUACCUGUCAUUGAUUUCAGUGAUGAAAACCUUAAACCUGGCACUGACACAUGGGUUUCCACUUGUGAUGUUGUGAGGGGUGCAUUAGAGGAUCAUGGUGGAUUCCUAGCACUCUAUGAUAAGGUUGAUCCAUUGCUCUAUGACUCUGUCUUCUCUGCAAUGGAACAACUCUUUGAUCUUCCAUUGGAAACAAAAAUGCAACACACCACUGAUAAACCUAUCUAUAGCUAUGCAGGGCAACGCCCUGAUAUUCCUUUGUAUGAAUCCAUGGCCAUAGACAAUCCAUUGAAUGCUAAAGAUUGUCACAACUACACAACUACCAUGUGGCCACAAGGGAAUGACCGUUUCAGUGAAAGUGUGAAUUCCUAUGCAAAGAAAGUGGCAGAACUGGAUUAUGUUGUUAAGAAAAUGGUGUUUGAGAGCUAUGGAUUGGAGAAUCAGAAAUGUGAGUCUUUGCUUGAAUCAACCGAUUAUAUUCUCAGAUGCUACAAAUACAGAACACCAAAGGUGGAUGAGACCAACUUAGGAGUGCGUCCUCAUACAGAUUCAGGCUUCCUAACUAUAUUGAAUCAAAGAUUAAAUGGCUUAGAAAUUCAAUUGAAGGAUGGAGAGUGGUUCAAGGUUGAUGCCUCACCCUCCAUGUUUGCUGUCUUGGCUGGUGAUGCAUUCAUGGUAUGGAGUAAUGAUAGGAUACGAGGUUGUGUACACCAAGUAUUCAUGAACUCAGAGGUAGAGAGAUACAGCUUGGGGUUGCUUUCAUAUGCUGGGAAGGUGAUGGAACCAGAAGAAAACUUAGUAGAUGAGGAACAUCCUCUUCGUUAUAAACCAUUUGACCAUUAUGGAUAUCUUCGUUUCUUCCUCACAGAAGAAGCUGUAAAAUCUUCAUCUAGGAUCAAGGCCUAUUGUGGUAUUUGAGGUGCACAAAAUAUGUAUUAUGUGAAUACACUCUGUGUGGUCUCUUAAAUUUAUGUGUUCGUGACUACUUUAAUUAUGUUGUGCUAUGUUUGCGGAUACAAUAAAAAACUCCACAGCUUCCAUGUAAUAAAGGAGUUUAUGAUCGUUAUGUAAUGUUUCCGUUAAAAGUGAACCUAACAUUUUUCUUCAA